ACAGUGGUUACUACACUAAUAAUUCUGUGUUUCAUGUUAAUCUGUAAUAAAAAUUACAAUAAAAUGCUAACUUACCUGGAUCCAAAUCGUAGCAUGAUAUAAUUAUUAUUGCGUUUAUAGGAGUAAAGCAUCUUCGUUCACGUUUUUCUGACGUUUUACAUGUUUUAGGUUUUAGGUUAUGUUUCUUGAAGAUUUGGAAGAAAAUAUUGAUUUAUUGUAAUAUUUCCAACGUUACCUUACGGUAAUUAUGGAUGAUAUACUUAAAGAUAAUCGUUUUGUAAAAUAUCUAAACGAUCCACGUUACAGACAAAUACCUAAACAUGAAAGGAAGGUUAAAAUCGACAAACGAUUUCAGUCUAUGUUCAAUGAUUCUAAGUUUAAAGUGAAAUAUACUGUGGAUAAGAGAGGCAGACCUGUAAAUGAGACUUCCACAGAAAAUUUGAGGAAAUACUAUGAGUUGGAAGAGUCAGACGGGAGUUCCGAUUCUGAGGAUGAGGAAGUCGAGGACAAAAGUGGUGCGGAGUCUCAAAAGGACGAAGCUAGCCCUGGUAGAUUCGUGAAACGGCCACAGAGUGACGAAGAGCAGAAUGACGAUGCUGGACCCGAGUUUAAGAAUGAUAAAUUAACGCGAGGCAAACUAAAUGCGAAAACGAAAGAUAGGCUGUUGGAUCUAGACAUUGAUUAUGCUCGAGGAGAAGGUGUCCUUUUAACCGACAGCUCUUCAGAUGAGGAAAGCAGUGAAGAAGAGGGGGAGAGUGAAGUAGAACAUGAGUGGGGGGAGCUGGAUGCAGAGGCGGAAACCACUGAGGAAUCAACUAGAAGAAUAGCAAUUUGCAACAUGGACUGGGACAACAUAAAGGCAGCAGACAUCAUGGUUCUUCUCAGUUCUUUCCUACCUCCAGGAGGCAUCAUAUAUAAAAUAACAAUAUAUCCGUCCGAGUAUGGUCUAAAACGCAUGCAAGAGGAAGAAGUUCGAGGUCCUAUUGAACUCACUGAGCAACGCGAGGUGGACAGCGGCUUGUCUGACGACGGCGGAAAUGAAGAAGGAUCAACAUACCACAUGGAGAAACUGCGCCGCUACCAGCUGAACCGCCUAAAGUACUACUACGCGGUAGUGGAGUGCGACUCAGUGGCCACCGCCGACAAGCUCUACAGCGAGUGCGACGGCAUGGAGUACGAGAGCAGCGCCACGCGGCUCGACAUGCGGUUCAUUCCCGACGACGUCACUUUUGACCAGGAACCUCGAGAAAGUUGCUCCCAACUGCCGGACAUGUCGAAGUACAAACCUCGGCUGUUCACCACGACAGCACUGCAGCAGGCUAAGGUGGAGUUAACGUGGGACGCGACUGCGCCGGCGCGGGCGGAGGCGCUGCGGGCCGCCGUCACGGGCAACGUCGACGAGGACUGCCUCCGGGACUACCUGGCUUCCAAUAGCGAAGACGAAGACUCGGAUACGCCAGAAGGCGAGAAACAAGCCGACUCGCAAUCGGACGACGACGAGGACCCGAUCCAGAAGUACAAGAAGCUUCUAGAAGAGAUCGACAAGAAGGAAGAGAGCAAGAAGAACAAGGACAUGGAGAUGGAGAUCACGUGGGGGCUCGGGGUCAAGGACAAGGCCGAGCAGCUUGUCAAGAAGAAGAUUAAUCAAGAUGACAAAAAUCUCACACCCUUCGAGAAACUAAUGAACAAGAAGAAAGAGAAGGCUAAACAGAAAAAGCUAAACAAACAGAAAGCGCAGCAAGAUAAGGAACAUUCAUCAGAAGCAGAAUCUGACGAUAUCCCCUCUGACGUUGACAUAAACGACCCCUACUUCGCCGAAGAAUUCAACAAGCCAGAGUUUAAAAACAAGAAAUCUAAGAAAAAACAAGAGACAGAAACUGAACCUAAUGCGGAAGACGAAAAACAGAAACAAGAAUUAGAACUGCUACUAGACGAUGAUGAUGAUGGCAAAGUACAUUUCAGUCUCAAGAAGAUCCAAGAAGCAGAAAGCACAAAGAAGUCCAAGCGGAAAAAGAAGUUAAAACAAAAGAUGUUAGAACAGAAGCAAGCACUACCAGAUUUCGAGAUAAAUUUGAACGAUCAGAGGUUCUCUGCGCUUUAUAAUUCACAUCAUUUCAAUAUUGACCCGACGGAUCCUAACUUUAAGAAAACGAAGAAUAUGGAGAAGCUUAUUCAGGAGAAGUUGAAGAGAAGACCAGCGGAUAAUCCGGCGGAGGAGGUGCAGCCUAAGAAGUCUAAGGAAGAUGCUGAGUUGAGCUUGCUCGUUAAGAAUAUUAAACGCAAAACUAGAGAUGUGCUGAAGAAGUAAAUGGUAUACUAUAAUAAUUCAA